UAUUUCUCCCGGUUAAUGGCGGUGGAGCCUGGACGCAUUAGUCUUCGUCGGAAAACACCAGAAAAACGUCGAAGUUUCAGCCAUCGACGACGAGAAGAAGAAGAAGAAGAAGAAAAAGAAAAGUGCAGUGAAGAAAUACAGAGACAAAGUCCAGUGGCGGACGACGAGGCGGAGAUAUACGACGGAAUUAGAGCUGCGUUUCCUCUCUCAUUCGGGAAGCAAUCCAAGUCUCAAACCUCUCUCGAAGCCAUUCAUAACACGACUCGUCGUUCCGUCACCAACAAACCUCCGGAAAAACCCUCCUACGACGCUGUCAAAACGAAUGGCCUCCCUUCUCUCUCCCCCUCCUCCCAAACCUGGCUCAGCUCCCUCCGCGCCCCCAAAAACCUUAACCCUGACCCCAACUCUAACGAGAACGACGAUGGCGAUGCCAUGGUUGGACCACCCCCUCCGCGGCCGCAGUCCGAUCUUGGCGACGACAAUGACGACGAGCGUGAUAUGAUUGGACCACCGAGGCCGCCGGCGGGGUCCAGUAGGGACGACUCCGAUUCCGAUUCCGAUUCGGAGGCGAAUUUCGAGAACAGGUUUCGGAUUCCGCUGAGCAAUGAGAUUGUUCUCAAGGGCCACACAAAAGUUGUUUCUGCCCUGGCCGUCGAUCACACUGGGUCUAGAGUUGUUUCCGGCAGCUACGACUACUCCGUGCGGAUGUACGAUUUCCAGGGAAUGAGUUCAAAGUUGCAGUCUUUCCGGCAGCUCGAGCCGUCGGAAGGCCACCAAGUUCGAACCAUCAGCUGGAGCCCCACUGCGUACCGGUUUCUCUGUGUUACGGGCUCAGCUACGGCAAAGAUUUAUGAUCGUGAUGGACUUACUCUGGGGGAGUUUGUCAAAGGGGACAUGUAUAUUCGUGAUCUCAAGAACACCAAGGGCCACAUUUCGGGAUUGACUUGUGGAGAGUGGAAUCCUAAAAGUAAAGACACGAUUUUGACUUCGUCCGAGGAUGGAUCGCUGCGUAUUUGGGAUGUCAAUGACUACAAAACUCAUAACUAUGGCACUAGAGAGUUGAUUUUUGUAAUCAAGCCAAAACUUGCUAGGCCUGGAAGAGUUCCGGUCACCACCUGUGCUUGGGAUCACGACGGAAAACGCAUUGCUGGUGGUAUAGGAGAUGGUUCUAUGUAUGGAUGGAACCUUAAGCCUGGAUGUGGAAGUCGGCCAGAUAUACACGUUCAGAAUAGUCAUUCAGACAAUAUUACCGAGCUUAAAUUUUCUAUGGAUGGGAGAAUUUUUUUACUGUCAAGAAGCCUUGAUGGUACAUUGAAGGUUUGGGAUUUGCAUCAGAUGAAGGAUCCUCUUAAGGCGUUUGAGGAUCUCCCAAACAACUAUGCCCAAACUAAUAUAGCGUUUAGUUCCGAUGAGCAACUCUUCCUGACUGGAACAUCUGUUGAGGAGACCACCACUGGAGGUUUGCUAUGCUUCUUUGAUCGAGCAAAACUUGAACUUGUUUCAAAGGUUGGGAUAUCCCCCACGUGCAGUUUUGUGCAGUGUGCCUGGCACCCAAAACUCAAUCAGAUCUUUGCAACAUCAGGAGAUAAAGGCCAAGGAGGAAUUCAUGUGUUAUAUGAUCCAACACUUAGUGAAAGAGGAGCCCUCGUUUGUGUUGCGCAUGCCCCCAGGAAAAAGUCCAUUGAUGAUAUUGAGGCAAAACCAGUGAUACACAACCCUCAUGCUCUACCCUUAUUCAGAGAUCAGCCAAGCCGUAAGCGUGAGCGAGAAAAAGCACUGAAAGACCCACUGAAAGCCCAUAAGCCCGAACUCCCCAUGAUGGGACCAGUUGGAAGAGCCGGCGCAAGUAAAGGAAGCUUAUUGACCCAGUACCUCAUGAAGCAAGGGGGUAUGAUCAAGGAGACGUGGAUGGACGAAGGUCCAAGAGAAGCCAUACUGAAGUAUGCAGAUGUUGCAGCAAAAGAACCUAAGUACAUUGCACCAGCUUAUGCGCAAACCCAACUUGAAACAGUUUUUGCAAAAUCAGACCCUGAGGAUGAAGAGAAAUGAUCUGAGAAAGGUUGCCGUUACUAGAAAAGUUAAUUCGCAGGCCAUCGCCAACAGAAACAGAAGCAAAUCCACCCCAUAUUUUAAACUUACUUGUGCCUUGUGAUUCGUCAAAACAGCUACAGAAUCUGACAUAGAAAUCUUCGAGUUUCAACUCGGAGUCAUUGUACAAUGAAGCAUUUAGAACAUGAGAAAGUGUAACUUGAUUUUCAUAUACGUAGACAGUACAAUUUAAUGGAUUGUUAAUGGAAAAAGAAAAUUCAUGCUACAA